AUGGGCAAACGAUCUCGGAAGAAUCCUGAUGCCGCAGAGCCCGCAAUUAAGGGCAAUGGGAAUAGCAAUGGUCCCAGCACCAAGACCAUUUUGGCCCAUGAUAAGGCUAUCGACCCGUCUUUAGCCUCGUUAUUUGCUUCAAGUGCUGGCCCAGUCAAAGCCCCUCCCAAGGCUCGUUAUGAAGAACCCCCGCCUGCCAGAAGAUCUACUGCCGUGGAGGUUGAUGAUGCGUCCGAGAUGGAAAGCGGCAAUUCCAGCAGCCGCGACGACGACGAGGAAGAUGAAGAAUUAAGCAGUGUAGAUGAAGAUUUAGAAGACAAUGAUAUUUCCGGCCUUUCUGAUGAUGAUGACGAGGAAAAUAUGUCGGAUGAGGAGCCGCAGCUCGAUAGGCUUAUUGAAGCUACAACCCAGAGACCAGAGCGAAAACGGAAACGGAAGGCUGGGGAAGGAGAAGACCUUGAGGCGAAAUAUAUGCAAAAGCUGUUGAAGCUAGAGGAGCAGGAAGAAGAGGCACUAGAAACUGAGCGAAGGCAAAAGCGCCAGAGACUGGCGGCAGAAGCAGACCCAGAUACCUCAGAAGUGGAGGAGGAUGUUGAUGAAGAAAAUGACGGCAGCAAUGACGAUGAGUCGGAGGGGGAUAAUGACAGCGAUGACAGCUUAGAGGCUGAAGGAAUAACCUCUAGAGGAGCUCAACCAUCAGAUAUCCCUGUUCACGAAUCUCUUGCGCCUAGCAAGGACGCCCUCGAGCUCGACAAAGCGUCACGGACUGUCUUUCUAGCUAAUGUCUCAACCGAAGCCAUCACCUCCAAGUCGGCAAAGAAGACUCUUCUUGCGCACAUGGGAUCCUUCCUUGACUCUCUACCAGAUCCGCCACCCGGCAAACCAGCCCACGAAGUCGAAUCCAUCCGCUUCCGCUCCACUGCCUAUGCAGGAACCUCCCUCCCCAAGAAAGCUGCCUUUGUCAAAAAAGACCUCAUGGCUGCCACCACGAAAAGCACAAAUGCCUACCUGGUCUACUCCACAGCAUAUGCAGCUCGGGAAGCUGUAAAGCGGUUAAACGCUACUAUCAUCCUUGAUCGCCAUCUCCGUGUAGACGGCGUGGCCCAUCCAGCAAAGACAGAUCACCGACGCUGUGUCUUUGUAGGAAACUUAGGUUUUGUAGAUGAUGAGAGUAUGCUGGAUCAAGGUGGCGAGAACGAGCGCAAGCGCUCCAAGAUCCCAUCUGACAUCGAAGAAGGGCUCUGGCGCCAAUUUGGCAAGGCAGGGGCUGUGGAAAGCGUUCGUGUAGUCCGGGACGAGAAGACCCGUGUCGGCAAGGGAUUCGCAUAUGUGCAAUUCAAGGAUCCUAAUUCGGUAGAAGCCGCCCUUCUCUUUAAUGAGAAGAAAUACCCGCCGAUGCUUCCCCGCAUCCUCCGUGUUGUCCGCGCCAAGGCCAUCAAAAAGACCGCCAAUGCAUCGCGAGCCAAUUUCAAGAACCCUAAACCCCAAGGUAAGGGUCAGAUCUACAAUCCAAAGGUGCCGGGAGAGGAAGCAUCGUUGCACGGCAGAGCUGGAAAACUGUUAGGUAGAGCAGGCGCGGCCAAACUGAGGAAGGAGGGGAGCGGAGCGAAUGGGAUGGUCAUGGGGAAGAGAGGAGGUGCCAGUGCGAUCGGCGGAGUUGCAAGGACACCGGAGAACAUCAUAUUUGAGGGCUAUAGAGCCAGCGCCAAAUCGGGUAAGCCUAAGGAUUUGAAGAUGGGUGGAGGGAAGAAGGGGAAGCCGGCGAACAGAGGUGCAAAGCGGGCAAGUGCUUGGAAAAAGACUGCGGGGAAGAAAGAUAAAUAA